CGCCCCGCCCCGCCCAGGGGCGGCCCUUGGGGGGCACCGGCUGCGGAGCGGGACCGGCACCGGCACCGGGACGGAGCAAUUGGGCUGGAGAACAAUAGCGGCGCUGGAAAACAAUGGAGCUGCCGCACCUUGGCGCGUAGGGAUGCGGGAAGGACGCGGGGAAGGGAUCCCAGCCCCGGAGUAGCGCCUGAGCCGGAGCCCCCAACAGCAGCGCGGGGAGGAUCAGCGGGACGGGCUCAGCUCCCAUGACAGGAGUGUGGGGGGAUGGAUUACGGAGGUGGAGAGGACCUGGUUCCCUGCGGGAAAGACAAAUUCAUCUCCAAAAAUGAGCUGCUCUUGCACCUGAAGACCUACAACAUCUACUACGAAGGGCAGAACCUGCAGCUGCGGCACCGGGAGGAGGAAGGGGAGCUCAUCGUGGAGGGGCUGCUGAACAUCUCCUGGGGGCUGCGGCGCCCGAUCCGCCUCCAGAUGCAGGACGACAACCAGCGCAUCCGACCCCCCCCCUCCUCCUCCUCCUGGCACUCCGGCUGCAACCUGGGAGCCCACGGGUCCGUGCUGAAGCCCAGCACCCUGCCCGACAUCCAGGUGACGGAUGCAGAGCCCACACCCAACACGGAGGCUCCCGGGAAUGGCACAGGUGAGCCGGGCUUGGAUCCAGCUGGAUUUAUCCAGGAGGUUGGGAGCAGCUGCCUCGUGCUGCAGUUUAACUUGAGAAAAUGCAAACCAGGCUUCGUUUUAACUCCAGACUCAGUUUCCCGUCACGCUCCAGGUUCCUUUAAGCCACUUCCAAAGAACUUUUAUUUAUUUUGUUUAAUCUUAGCCCCACAUGGCCCAAAACUCAGUGAUUUAAAGAUCUUUUCCUACCUAAAUGAUUCCAUGGUUCCCGUGGGUUUUUGCUCAGUGGGAUGUGGUGGAGAGGAGCUUGGAAAGAAAUGGGGGGGAUGGAGCAAAGAGCCCCGUGGGAUCGCAGGGAAAAGGAUGUCGGCGCUUCCCCUUCCCGGAGGCUCCGCUUUUGGGGAAGAAGAAUGGGAGCAUUGGGAAGCGCCGUUACCAUGGGAAGUCAACAGAGCUGCAAAGUGUUUGUCCCCUCCCUGGUUUUUCCUCUGUGGAGGGGGAAGAGCUCGGCCAGCGCUUCAGGUCCUCAAACUGCUGCUCAAUAAAUUCAAGAUCGAGAACUCGGCGGAGGAGUUUGCCCUGUACAUCGUCCACACCAGCGGAGAGAAGCAGAAGCUGCGGGGCAGCGACUACCCCCUGAUCGCCCGGGUGCUGCAGGGCCCCUGUGAGCAGGUCUCCAAGGUUUUCCUCAUGGAGAAGGACCAGGUGGAGGAGGUCACCUACGACGUCGCUCAGUACAUCAAGUUUGAGAUGCCCAUCCUCAGGAGCUUCAUCCAGAAGCUGGAGGAGGAGGAGGAUCGUGAAGUGAAGAAGCUGAUGCAAAAAUACACCAUCCUCCGGGUGAUGAUCAAGCAGAGGCUGGAGGAGAUCUCGGAAGGUCCGACUGCGAUGUGAGACCCUUCACCAGAGCCAUGUGCCUGUAGGAUGUACUGUACCAAAUCCCAAAGCCCCAGCAUUCCCAGAACAUUCCCAGCGUCCAUCUGGAUCGCUCCAGCUCUGAGCCAGCCCAUCCUCCCGUGCCUUCACCUGCGCAGUGUCCUCGGGAGGUUCCUCCUCGGCACGUGGGGCUCUUCCCAACAAGGCUCUGGCUGGUGGCAGCUUCAGCCAAAAACCUCAAAUCCCUGGAAAACACAGGGAAAAACAGGAGGAAAAAAAAAAAAGAGAGAGAGAGAGGAAAUCCAUGAGCAGCACAAUGAGGGCUACAGGUGUUCCAGAGCAGGAAUUUGGGGCUGAGUCUGGGGACACCCACACAGAGGCCCCGCUGCUCGGUGGCCGGAGAGCACCAACAGUUAAAUAAUUCCUCUUUUUUUUCUUUCUUUUUUUUUUUCCUUAAGAAAAGCACAUUUCUAUUGCAAUAAUUCGCAGGUGAUGGGAAGUUUUUGUAAAUCCAAAGUGUUGCCUGAGAUUUUGGGGGGUUUAACCCUGACCUGGUGGAUUUACAGCACAGGAGUAAAUCGCAUUUUUCCGCCCCUUCCCUAAACCUGCAUCCGGUGGCGUCACCCCCUCCCUCCCCCUUUCUAAUUUGCACUAAUAUUAGGGAUUUUUAAGGAAAUCAUGAUGUCAAACCUCUCUGGUAGCUGUAAAUGCCAAAUAGCACUCGCAGGGAUAGUUUGGGGCAUCUCAAGGGAUGCUGGAUGGAAAGGGAGGGAGACAGGAGGAGAAGGAGGAGGCAGAAAUAAAGAGGAUUUUGUUUUCCAAAUCCAUCUUCCAGCAGUGCCAGCACAUUAUCCUGGUGAAACCAGACUGGCACUGUUACCACCAUCACCUGGAAAAACCUCUUUCCUCCCAGGCUAAACCAGCAAUAUCAAUUUUAUACCUCGAUGUGAACUAAAACUCUGACUUUCUCCCUCCCUAUGAGUUUUUGCAAUGUAUCUUUGUAAUUUUUUUUUUAAGUGUUAAUGGUACCUUUUCCACCUCUAACACGUGUUCAGGAAAGUGUUGUACAGCGAGAGGAGCCUUUUAUGUGUUUGAAGGAUGAUUGUGGCAUUGCUGCGUGGAUUAACAAGAAAAUAAAAUAUGUAGCAACUUAAUACAGAAUAAAA